UAAUAUUUUACUAAUUCUUAUUAAACUAUAAUAUGUAUUUGAAUAGAAUAUUUUUUUCUAAAACAAACGUUAAUUAAAUUUUAACUAAAUUCUGAUUCUAUUCGAUACAUUAUCUUAUUUGAUAAAACCACGAAACUUCCUAAAGCUGAACAAUAACAAACUUAUACGAAAAUAACCGGGAGAAAAAAUACGAUGUUGAAUUGUUGACCUUUCCGAACGCAGUUCUAUCGCCAGCUGACGCGACGUUGCCGCAUUUCACGUGUACUCGACUAUCUAAGAGCUUAUCGCCUCUACCGCGAUGAAAUAGAGGCUACAAUCGCUUAUCACAGUCAAGUAUAUAAGUGAUUUAGGACGUUCUUCACGGUAAAAUGGUGCUUCCCGCGCGAAAAAUUCGAAAUUUUAUCAGUCGCCUUCGUACAUUUUGCGGGCACGCGUGACUCUUUGACGGGAUUAUUUUAUUUUGCGUAAUUAAUUUAAAUAAAAUUCGCUUGUUUUAUCGAGAGAAUUGUGCACAAAUUGAACGCGAACCGUCAAUUUUCAGAAUUCCAAUUAUGCUAGCGGAAACGUUUGUGCAAUAUCAGUGUCCAAAGUUAUUUAAUAGUUAAAUUUUAUAUUGUUUGUUGUUGUUAUUUCGUUGUUUACUAAUUGUAAACAGUGUUAGUGCCAAAGUGCGAUAAAAUAUUUCUGUAUAUCAACGCCACGUGCGUAAACUAUUUAAAACUAUUUUUGUCAAAAACUGUGCGGUGUCCAAGUUUUGGGACUAUUGAGUAGGUACCAAGCGACAAGAACGCAUAAAAUUUUAACAAAGAUUCUUGUGUGAUCAGUUCGUAAGUAAAACUAGAGGUGAACAUUGUGAAAGCUAGUGUUUUAGAAGUGUCAAAUACCAGGAAGUUAUAAGCGCUAGGUUUCACUAACGCAUACUAACUGUAUUGACGUGAAAGCCAGCGCUGUCCUAUCGUAUACCAAGCAGACAUAACGCCAGAUUUCACCAACGGAUAGAGAUUAGAAUACUGGUGAAAAGCCCAACGUACUUCCAUCAAGUACUAGGCAGCCAAAACGCUAGACGAUUUCGGCGAACGAAUAGAAUACUCUCAUAGAGUACACCAGGCGUCCAUAACAUAAAGUGAUUUUUAUAACGCAGCAUACUCGAUCCGACUACCAGGCGCUUUACUCGGUAUCUGCCGGAACUAAAAUCGAGACUGAAUUUUACAAACGGAUAGAAUAGAAUACUGGUAUUGCGAGUACCAGGCGCCCAUAAAGUUAGAAGAUUUCGGCUGUAAAGCGUACUUUCAGUACUAGACGUACAUAAAGCAAAAUUUCACCAACGGAUAGAAUAGAAUACUACUACGAGCGCGAGUACCAGGCGCCCAUAGCGCGGCAGCAGCUCGCCCCGGAGGCAUGGCGCGGUGACAAAGUGGCCUACAUGCCGGUGGCGCUGGGCUCGCUCGGCGGCGAGGGCGAGUACCGCGAGUACCACCACCUCUCGCCGCACCCGCUGCCGCAAGUGCAGUACCAUGAGUACGCGCCGCCGCCGCCGAUGUACCACCCGGUGCCGGAUCCUUAUUUUAGGAGGCACGCGCCGUAUUUCGGCCAACCAGAUUACAGAGUAUAUGAGCUCAAUAAAAGACUACAACAGAGGACAGAGGACUCUGACAAUUUAUGGUGGGACGCGUUCGCGACGGAGUUUUUUGAAGACGACGCGACGCUCACACUCACAUUCUGUUUAGAAGAUGGGCCCAAAAGAUAUACGAUAGGAAGGACACUCAUACCGCGAUACUUUCGCAGUAUAUACGAGGGGGGAGUGUCAGAACUGUACUAUACGAUGCGACAGCCGAAGGAGUCGUUUCACAACACAAGCAUCACACUCGACUGCGACCACUGUACGAUGGUCACGCAUCACGGGAAACCGAUGUUCACUAAGGUGUGCACAGAAGGCCGGCUAAUACUGGAGUUCACGUUCGACGAUCUAAUGCGGAUCAAAUCGUGGCACAUGGCGGUUAGAGCACACCGUGAGCUCAUACCGCGACAGGCUGUGCACCCCCCGGACCAUGCGGCACUCGACCAGCUGGCCAAGAACAUCACCCGCCAGGGGAUCACUAACUCUACGCUCAACUAUUUACGGUUAUGCGUAAUCCUGGAGCCGAUGCAGGAACUAAUGUCUCGGCACAAGGCGUAUGCCUUAUCCCCAAGAGAUUGUCUCAAGACGACGCUCUUCCAAAAGUGGCAGAGGAUGGUGGCGCCGCCUGAAUCCCAGCGGCCGGCAAGCAAGCGACGCAAGCGCAAGGGCAGCGCGGGCGCGAACGCAGCACCGCCCGCGCCCGCCAAGAAGAGAUCGCCCGGACCCAACUUCAGUUUAGCCUCACAGGACGUAAUGGUGGUCGGCGAACCCUCCCUCAUGGGGGGUGAGUUCGGCGACGAAGACGAACGGCUGAUAACCAGACUUGAGAACACACAAUACGAGGGGGACGGGGUGGAGUGGAGCAACCCGCCCCCCGCCUCCCCCGCAAAGACUCCCCCCGGCAACCACUGACACCCAGCCCUCGGAUAUGUCGAUAUAAAUAAAUAAAUAUAGGCCUUUACGGAUA